AUGUCGUUACCCGUAUAUCUAGUGGAGAGUAUCGGCGCGCCGAACAACCACCAUGCCAUCUUCGUCCUAACGAACGAAAAAGAUGGAUCUGGCUACAAAUUCCAUGUCAACGGAAGCAUCCAGCUCGGUAUGCUGUACGAGGCCACCGAGCAUCACAGGCCGGAGGACUCGCCCGAGUACCUGGGCAAGUCGUGUCUUGGGUGGGUAUAUGUGACCGACUACCCUCGCGUCAACGACAUCUGCACCAAUGUACCGCCACCGAGGAAGCAGUUUCAUGGAGCCAAAAGGUUGUACCCGAAGGAGCCCCUGAGACGCUGCCAGGAAUGGGUCAAGGAGGCGACUCAGGCGUUGGAGAGCAAUGGAGUUUUACACAGAUCAAGCCCCAUCGUUGAAGCUCCUUGA